AUGGAGCUUGACGAGGAGACGUUCUUGGACGAGCUCAUGUCGCUGAGGCGGGAGGCGGCGGCGUCCGCGCCGUGGCAACAAGCUGCUGCCUGUAGCGCCUACCCGGGCGGCGGCGGCGCCAUGAUGAUGAGCGACCUCCUCUUCUUCGGCGGGACGACGGAGGGCGCCGCCGCCGACUCCACCAGCAUGUACCUCUCGCCGUUCCACCAGGAGCCUCUGCAGGCGCCCAUGCCGCCCGCGGCGGCCCCGCACCCGCACGAGGACUUCAACUUCGACUGCCUGAGAGAGGUGUGCAACCCGUACAGGAGCGGCGGCGGCGUCGGCGUUGCCGUGCCGCGGGCCGAGGCCGCAGCGGUGCCCGGACCCGGACAGGCGCUCGCUGCUCUCCACGACGCCAUGGUGGAGGAGGAGACGAGCGGUGACCUUGACCUUCAGGGGCAGCACUAUGGAGGUGGCGGUGGCGGGUCCCCGACGUUCGUGUUCGGCGGAGGCGCCGGCGAGAGCUCCGAGAUGCCCAUCGUCAGGGGUGUCGGCGGCCCACACCCCCACCACAGGACCAAGCUCCACGGCGCUCCGUCCAAGAAUCUCAUGGCCGAGAGGCGGCGGAGGAAGCGCCUCAACGACCGCCUCUCCAUGCUCCGCUCCAUUGUUCCCAAGAUCAGCAAGAUGGACAGGACAUCCAUUCUUGGGGACACCAUUGACUAUGUGAAGGAGCUGACGGAGCGGAUCAAAGUCCUCGAAGAGGAGAUCGGCGCCUCGCCGGAGGACCUGGACCUUCUCAACACCUUGAAAGAUUCGUCCAGCAACAGCAGCGAGAUGAUGGUGAGGAACUCCACCAAGUUCGACGUCGAGAAGCGGGGCAACGGGAGCACGAGGAUCGAGAUCUGCUGCCCGACAAACCCCGGGGUGCUGCUGUCCACGGUAAGCACGCUGGAGGUGCUUGGCCUGGAGAUCGAGCAGUGCGUCGUGAGCUGCUUCAGCGACUUUGGAAUGCAGGCCUCUUGCUCGCAAGUGAGUACGUGA